GCUGAAGGUUCUCUUAGGUGAAAGCCCGGAUGCCCCGCCGACCCUGGAGCUGCGCUUGCAAUUCUUUUUGGAGCUCCGCCCCAUCUUCCGAAAACCCGGAACCACGACAACUACGACAACCACCACCAUGAAGCCAUAUGAGCGCCGACGCAGAGGUCGAGUUCCUACACCGCCGCCUAAGGUCGUGGAGUGGUGCGAAAGAAAUCUUCGCAGGGUUCUUUGCGGCAUCUGGCUCAGAGCAGAUGCACUGUGGCGCUGUGUUAAAUGCUGCCCACAACCCCCUAGAUGCGGCGGCGACUGCCUCUACAAGUGUCCUUUGAACGGCUCCAAUCCUUUGAUGAACGGCUCCAACUCCCAGGGAUUCCCGAGCAUCAGCUACGGGGUUAAUGGGCUGCCAGGGGUUGAUUUGGCUGCUCCAGGCGAGCCCAGCGAGCUGGAGUGGUUUGCAGAGUCACCUAAGCAGCGAGUGCAAGACUUCAAGCAGACCGUGGAUGAGGAGACUGUGCCCCCAGAAAACGUGUCGGUCACCGACGGCGACUGCCCCGUGCCUUUCGCGAUCGGCGGCGGUUGCAUAUGCAAGGAGGGCUGCUCUCGCGCGCGUCCCUACUUGCACUCAGAAAUCAUAUCGGACACGAGCCUGGAAUGCGAGGUGCGAUGGUUUGAUUAUCUGGACUUGCUGGCCCUUCCCAAGACGAUAUGUGGGCCUAGGAAGGUGGGAACAUUGAUAGGUGGUGCUUGCAUUAAAUACUAUCCAUACGAUGACGUCGAGAUCAUAGCUGCGUUUCCUGAAGAUCAAACUUCUUUCCGAUGCCUCGGAACUGGCGAGUGGAGAGACGAGCCAUGGCACCAGACACGGGCAGGUGGGUAUUGUCUGGAGCUUGAGGGGAAUGAGAAGGUCAUCAUGGUCAG